GUUUAUCCUCUCGAAAAGAAUAUCUUUAUUUAACAAAUUGGCAUAAUUCCCUAGCCAUAAAUUCUAUUCCAAUUUCCCCACAUCACUAACAGUAACCUGAUAAUCAUUUGAAUAGUUUCUCAAACACUUCCAAAAAUAAAAAUGGGAGUGGUGAUCAUCGACGGAUCAACAAUUCGAGAUUUCGUCAACGACGAAGCUGCUUUCGCAAAGUCAAUUGAGAAAGGAUUUACCGAUUUGGACCUGAAUAACGACGGCGUUUUGUCCCGAUCUGAGCUUCGCAAAGCGUUCGAAUCUCUCCGUCUCAUCGAGUCUCACUUCGGCGUUGACGUCGCCUCCACGCCGGAGGAACUCACUAACCUCUACGAUUCCAUAUUCGAGAAGUUCGAUUGCGAUCACAACGGUAACGUGGACCGGGAGGAAUUUGGGAAUGAGAUGAGGAAAAUUAUGCUGGCGAUCGCCGAUGGACUCGGUUCGUCGCCGAUUCAAAUGGCUCUUGAUGAUAGUGAACAGAGUUUGAUCAAGCAAGCUGCUGAUCUCGAAGCUUCUAAGCUUCCUGCCUAGUAUAUAAUUAACCGCUUUCGAUUUGUGUAGCAACAAGUUGUUUUUUUCUGUUGUUUCAACUUCAAUAAUAUGCUUGUUUUGUUA